AUGAUAAUAUAUUCGCCCGGGGUGCGUCGAGCUCCAUGUUCCCUUGGUAACUUCAAUUGGAAAUUGUCAUCCAAUCACGGAGAAUUUUCGGCGAUUCUGUUAUCUAGUAAUAAAAAAAGAGGUCUUGAUCUCUUAGAGAAUCAUAUAGGGACAAUAGGCACUCGGGAGGUACCAACAGAAUGGAUAAAGUUUAUUAGCAACGGUACAGAUUUAGAAAUAAGUCAAUUUUUAGAUAACAAAUCGUCGACCCAUACCAUAUAUCUUAGCUUUCAACUUAAAAAGUUCGAAGCCGAUAUUGAAGAGAAUUCCAUGUUGCCCUCCGAAGCAUUUAGAAUGUCUAUAAUCAAUGCCUUAAAAAAUUCAUACCCGUACGAAGAAUUAACAAACACAUUUACCGACUAUGGUUACUUUGUGCCGCGAAAAGUUAUCAUUGGUCAUAAACUAUACAAGAUAUCACACAUACCAUUAAAUCAGAAUUUAGAUUCAGGAGAUCAGGCAUUAGACGAAAUACAAGUCAAUAUUGAUUUAACCCCAAAAUUAAAAAAUGAAAUCAAAGCUAGUUAUUGUGAGAACCUUCUACGCCAAUGGAAAAUUAUUGCAGAGCCAUAUGGAAUUAAGCAAAAUUACUUUUUAUCGACUUCUGGGGAAGUAAUAAAAGAAAACGACGUUCAAAAAUGGAUGCUUUCUUGCGAGACAAAAACAAAGCGAAUGAAGGUCAUCGGUUACGAGGACCUACUUCCAUCAUACGAAAUUUUGGACGAACCUCUUCGUUCUCAGGUUAAAUCCAUCAUAGAGAUCGAUAAUGAUUCGUUUGUAGCCGGUUACAAUACUUUAAAUGAGCCGAUCAUUCCAAAAAUCAAGGAAAGAAUCUUCAUGGCAGGCACCAUCCCACUAAAAAAUGCAAACAAAUAUUACCGACAGAACUACCGUGAAUUUCAAACCUUUGGGGCCCACGGAUUUUUGGCGCUAAUAGAAACUUUGGGAGACAGUGAAAUGGAUUUUUCGAAUAUGGAAAUAGACUGGAUAGCAAUCGGAAUUCCUUUAGAAGUUGGUUGCUAUAGUCCAAAGACUCGAAGCAUUUUUAUCUUAAACAUGGGAUCGAAAUCAAUUCCGUUGAAAUCCCGUAAAUUAGAGACCAUGGACUUGUCGUUGGAAAUUUUAGACAACUUGCCUCCCAAUUCUUACCUUGUCACUACUUUCGAAUAUCCACUAUCCAAUCAUAAUCCCAAAUUUUGCGUGGAUAUUCUAUCUUAUAACGGAGGCUGUCUGAAUCUUAGAAUUAUUAAUAGCGAACAGUCCAAAAUCCGCGCAAUUUGUGAAAACUCGAAUUCCUCACAAUUAAGAAUUAUAUGGUACAUUUUGACUGUCCCAGAAAUGGAGUUUCAUGAAAUGCCGAAUAUUGAGUUUGCUUCCAAGGAUUUUAUGAAAAAAAUUGGUCGAAAUAUUCAUUCGGAAUUGGAAACGGGUUAG